AUCAUAAUGUCAACCGGCGUAGCCAUCUCGUAUUGAUUUCUUAUUAUUUUAAUACAAAAUUUUUUGUGUAUCUAAAAAGUAUCACAAUGCCAAUGUUUGGGAAAUCAAAGAAAAAGAAACAUGACGAUGAAGGUUCCGGAUCUGGAUCUGAUUCAGUAUCUGCGAAAUCUAGAAGCAGUUCCGGUGAAAUACCGAAACGUCGUAUGUCGCGCUCUCUACGCAGCCACAUGGAGCGAGUUGAGAUACUAGCGCGGCCCCAGUCGCGUCGCCUGCGCUCGCUCUGGGAUGAGAAGUGUGCCAUACUGCCUAUAGACAGAAGGGACAAGAUUAAAAGUGCACUUGAAGAGGAUUACUUUCUCAGUCCUGAGCAAACAGAGCAAUACUUUCAAGCAAUUGGUCAUCAAAAGCGGUGGCCUGGUUUCGGUACGACGAUCAGUCGCAAGGAGAAUGCGGACUUGGAGAGGGAACUGCGCCAACGCGAGAAGUGGCUUAUCAAUUUCAGUGCACAGGUGGCGUAUCGGCUCUGCGACUACAUAGCUAAAGGGGAGAAGGAAAUGUUGGUGUCAAACAGACUGAGAAGUAUUGCAGAUAUCGUAUUAGAACGAGUUGCUGAUAUACUUGGUGAACCGAAGCCAUCGCGUUCUCAUCCCGGUAGACUUGCGCGUUUCAUGGUGGCGAUAUCGGACCGUAUUGCGGUGUGGAUAGAGAACGCGGUGUACCGCGCCAAUGCACUCGAAUGUCGCGAAUCGGAAGCAUUCGACGACCACGUCCGCCUCGACGUGGAUCCAUCACUAGUCCGAUAGAUUAUGAACUCAAUUAUGUGAGUUUUGCAGCAGAAAUUGAAGUUACAUGAUUUAAAUGGUUUUGCAAAUUAUUGUAUUGCAACGGAUGGCUAUUGUCCGGAAAUUAUUUAACAUGUAAUCUAUACUGAACGUUUGAUUCUUUUGUUUAAUACUUGUCACUGUUACCCAUAGAUUUAUGUAAUAAAAAUUUUGAACAUUAA